GAGCGCUGAAUGUGCAAGUAAACACAAUUACUCAAACAGCGCAAGAGUUGUUCCGCCUAUUGCGUAGCGCUGUCGGUCCAUUCAGUGUUUUCUGUUUGUGUUAGGAGUGCGUUCAUCGGCCUCAGCGGUAACUGCACCAGGGGAGGAAGAUCUGGCAGGUGUCUGACUGGACAGGUGGACGGUAGCUCGUAAACCACCGAGCCACUUUAGCGAUGGACAUUUCUGUAGUUCUGGGCUGCUCUCUGGGUGCUGCCCUUGGGGGUGUGAUCCUUGCGUCCUAUAAACUGGGCUUACUUUACCAGCUAUUUCAUAAGACGGAGAGACAGAGCCCUCGACAUGGAGGAGAGAGUGUGGCGGAGGUUUUGCGAACUCAUGGGGUCAGAUUUGUCUUCACGUUGGUGGGAGGACACAUCUCACCCAUCCUGGUGGCUUGUGAAAAACUGGGUAUUCGUAUUGUCGACACACGCCACGAGGCCACAGCUGUGUUUGCUGCCGAUGCCGUAGCGAGACUGUCUGGUACAGUCGGUGUGGCUGCGGUGACGGCAGGGCCGGGGUUAACAAACACGGUGACUGCAGUGAAGAACGCUCAGAUGGCCGAAUCACCACUGCUUCUGAUUGGUGGGGCUGCUGCCACUCUCUUACAGGGUAGAGGUGCACUACAGGAUAUUGACCAGAUGUCCCUCUUCAAGCCUCUCUGCAAGUUCUGUGCAUCAGUGAGAACCGUGAGAGAAAUUGUUCCCACAGUCAGGAAAGCCUUGGCCAUCGCACAGUCUGGCACACCAGGUCCAGUCUUUAUAGAGUUUCCCAUAGACACGCUGUACCCUUACCAUGUGGUGGAAAAAGAGUUUGCCCCUAAAAACACUCCCAAAGGCCUGAUGGGGAAAAUCAUUGCAUGGUAUCUCCGGAAUCAUUUAUCAAACUUAUUUGCUGGAGCUUGGGAGACGCGGGAUCUGUCCCCACUUCCUGUUCACAUUCCACAUGCCACAGAGGAUGAGGUCCAAAGGUGUGUGGAAUUGGUGAGCAGAGCCAAGAAACCUGUCAUACUGUUAGGCAGUCAGGCAACAUUGCCCCCUACGCCAGCGGAUGAUGUCAGAAAGGCAUUAGAAUGUUUAGGCAUUCCCUGCUUCCUGGGUGGAAUGUCCCGGGGGAUGCUGGGAAAGAACAGUCCGCUGCACAUUAGACAAAACAGGAGAGAUGCCUUAAAAGAUGCUGACCUCGUGCUGCUGGCAGGCACUGUGUGUGAUUUCAGACUGAGUUAUGGACGGGUGCUAAACAGACGGAGCAAAAUCAUUGCUGUCAACAGAGACAGGUGUCAGUUACUGAAGAACUCAGACAUGUUCUGGAAGCCAACGGUGGCCAUUCAAGGUGAUGCUGGUUCUUUCCUCCUGCGUCUCUCGAAAGCCCUGAAGGGACACAUAUGUCCAGAGGAAUGGCCUAGAAGCCUGAAAGAGGGAGAUGGCAUUAAAGAGAAAGCUAACAGAUCAAAAGCACACGAGAAGACAGAGAGGCAUUUGAACCCUCUGAGUGUUUUGCACCGUGUGGAUGAGCUCUUGGCCGAGGACAGCAUCAUAGUGGCUGAUGGGGGUGAUUUUGUCGGCAGCGCUGCGUAUAUCAUGAGACCCCGGGGCCCGCUCCGCUGGCUGGACCCAGGUGCUUUUGGGACUCUGGGUGUCGGAGGAGGUUUUGCUCUCGGAGCAAAACUUUGUCGACCUGAGUCUGAGGUAUGGAUCGUUUACGGUGAUGGCUCACUGGGAUACAGCGUGGCUGAAUUUGAUACCUUCACACGUCACAAGACCCCAGUGAUCGCUCUGGUGGGAAAUGAUGCUUGCUGGAGUCAGAUCUCCAGAGAACAAGUGCCUAUGCUCGGGAGCAACGUAGCCUGCGGUCUCGCCUUUACAGAUUACCAUAUUGUAGCCGAUGGUUACGGGGGCAAAGGUUACCUGAUUGGCAGAGAGGAUGAGUCGCAGCUCGAUGACAUCAUUAAAAAGGCGCAGAAGGAGUGUGGAGAGGGAAAGGCAGUUCUGCUGAACGUCCUGAUUGGAAAGACUAACUUUAGAGAAGGUUCAAUCUCAGUUUAAAGGGAAACACUGUGGACCAUCCUGCCUAGAUACCCAAAGUCUUUCUGGCGUUAUCGUGCUCGAAAUGUACCGUAGGACAUCGCUACGUUACAUGGAUUCAGACGAUUUUUGAAAAGAGUUCAAAGCAACAACAUAUCAAAUGUUCAUAAACUCGGUCAUAGCUCAUCCCGAAACUAUGUGAAUGAUAAAAUGUCUAGAGAAAAUUAAAUUUAGGAUUAUUAAAAAGUUUUUUUUUUUGUAGUAUGAGAUUAUAUUUACCCCCGGCUCCUAUUACUGUAAAGCAAAAAAGGGAGAAAAUAAUGAUAUAAUGUUUAAAUUGUAUUUUUACAAAGUAUUUAUAUUACAGGGCUAGUGUUGUUGUAUUUUAAUUUUAAAAGAAAUGUUAUAAUUAUUUAAUUUUAAUAAUUUAAAAGUAUAAUUCAUGCUUUUUUUUCAUUUAGCUGAAAAUGAGCAAGCACAGUGCCUUCACUCUCUAUAACAUUUUGUAAAAAUUAAAAAUACAAAUCAGAAAGCAUUUCAGGAUUCCCAGUGUGAUGAUCCAGUAAAUUUUAAUUGAAAUAUAUAUAUUUUUUGAAGCAUGUUUCAAGAAUAUGACCUUAUUUACAUAAUAAUAAUAAUAAUAAUAAUAAUAAUAAUAAUGCAUUGGAUGACUUGCUUGUGUUGUGUGAAGGCUUGCAGGAUGAAUUUUUCUGCUUCAUAAAGUUGAGUGAUUACUGAAUGUUAAUCUGAUCUCGUUCAGAAAAUUGCUAGAAAUAAUUUCCGAAGAACUGCAUCUGCAGUUAUUUUGGACCUCAAUUCUUCACUACUUGAUGAAUCACAUGGUUCUAUGUUUGUUCAUCUACAAAUAUCAGUGUCAGCCAAAGUGAUAUCCUAGUUAAUACUUGCAAAUGCAGUUGUGUUUUUUUUUCUGCAGUAUCAGACCUCGGUUUGCGAUCGAUCACUUCAGCAUCCCCAGAAAAAUGACCGUAUGAAUAUGGCUGCGUUAUUUUAUCAACAGUUGUUGAUGUAAUAAAAUGUCUUUAACAGUCCA